ACACGGAAUAUAAACAUGCCGCUUACAGCAUUGACAGAAUCCAGAAUAUUCGUGGAAGUAGAACAGAGAACCAUGAAGGCCAUCGGCACUGCAAUAUGCAUGUUGGUACUGUUGGGGUACUACCCAGCUAUGGCAACACCUUUCGUCUUGACGCUGCAAUCAGCUAAGGCAACCUGCUCUAAUAUCGAUUUCAUAAAUAAAUUGGAUGUGAAGAUUGGGACAGACGGUCCUCUGACAACCCUCAAUGUUAAAUACGAUAUCGUCAAAGAGAUACCACAGGAUGCAAUGUGUAAGACAGACUUCUUCAAGAAAGAAGGAGACGAGUACAAGAAAUUGCCCCUCUCUUUAAUACCAGAAAACUGUUGCAAGGUCUUCGAAAAUGACAUAUACAAGAAAUCCAUGGAGAAGCAAAACGUUCCUAAGCAAUGCCCUCUGAAAGAGGGAAGUUACUCUUUGGAAAACUACACUCUAAACACAGACAAAUGGUCUGAAGAUGUUGAGCGCGGAGAAUACAAGGCUCAGUUCACGAUGGCUCAGCCUUCUGGAGAGUGCCUGUACGGACAAGAAACAGAAUGGAAGAUCGCAGACAAAGUAUAGAAUCGCCUUCUAAAGCGAACUACGUGGCUGGCAAUGCUUCGUAUCUAUUGAAAUAAACUCGAAUUGUGAAUUCA